CAAAACAACUAUGCCGACUUCAGCUAUGAGCAGUGCGACCAUGAGCAAAGGAUCCAACAAAAAAAUUCCGCACCUCACCCACUCUGAGAAAGGCCAGAGCAGAAGCUCGCGAAUCAAAAAUCGCUCGCCUCCCAGCGGGCAGAAGAAGAGGCUCAGCAUGUCGACUUCCGAGACCUCUCAGGAGCCAACCACCAAGGCCACUGUCACAACCGGAAGUGAACCGUCUGCCUCGUACAAAAACGGCUCCGACUCGAACCCCACUUGGAACACCAUCGAUUUCCGGAACCCUUACAAAGAGCUGCCGGUGGAUAGUAAUUUCUCCAAGUGUAGCCAGGGGUUCAAAUACCUCGAGGAGAUAGCCGUCUGCAACAGGAUGGAAGGGCUCAAAAAUAAAAACUUCAUGCGGUUCGGAUCCCAGCAACUGGAAAGCGAGCUCGGGAAAGAGAGCCUGUUCACAACUUCGGAUCAGUGCUCGACCAUGUUCCCUCCUCGGUCGCAGGGCUCCAGAAUUUUAACCCCCGAUACGGGGUUGGGUAAAAGGUCUAGCUGGAGCGGUACGUCUAAUCGGAUUUCCAGUGAUUCCCAAGGCAAGCCAAAGAACGAAACUUACCUGGCCAGCGAUUCAAUGCCGUCGGAUUUGACCCGGUCGGAGAAUACCAGCGGGGGUUUUAACUACAAUAUAAAAAUGGGAUCGCCCGUGACGUUGAGUUACUGGAUAAAUCAAGGGAAACUACCUCCACAGCAAGAAGAGUUUCCGAUCUACUGGCUUGCACGUGGCGGGAUGCCCGGAAGUAAAGAUUACGACAACAACCUCCCACACCCACAAAUAGAGAGCAUCCGGGUCACGGAAAACCGACAAAAACGGAAUUUAAUCCUCUGGACACCAUCCAAAGCCACGUUGUUUUUCCAUGGGAAAAAUAACGCCGACAACGUCUCAAAAGAGCCGCAGCCCUGCUCGCUGAACAACCGGUCGACUGGAGAUAUGUUUUCCGAACCGGUGAACCAGGAUUGGGACGAGACCAGGUUCCCUGUGGAACAUAAGCUUGGCACGUCGGAGGGCCUGCAGCACGCCAUGGCCAGCGUAAGGAUUGCGCGGGAAAGGUCUCGGAUGGUGCGGCACCACAGCAGGUUUUCGCUGCCGGACACAGCGGGCCAGUCCCACAACAGUUUCCCCAGUGGGUCACGCUGGGACCUUCACCUCAAAUACCGACACGUCAUGUCCAGACUGAGGCGGAAAGAAUACCUGGAGUGGGAAUCUGACGCCUUAGCCAGGUCCACUAGUCGCGGGAAAAGGAAAGAAAAGAAGAGAAGCUCUGAGCGGACCAGACUGAGGCGGGCGCAGCAGUCAAAGAAAGAGCCGAGUCCCAGGAGCGGCCCCAAGUCGUCUGACAGUCUUACCCAGCCGAGGAGGUCGGCCAUGAGCUCGCCACGUUUGGAAGCCAGCGAGCAGACGGACACCAGGUUACCAGCUAUCGGCAUCCACCCGAAACCAAUGUCCAACUUCUACCCAGAAGAGCAGCUGCCCGCCGGCGAGAGAUACGUCCAGGUUCCAGCCGCCUUCGUAGAGAAAACCAGCAUUGACGUCAGGGACGACCUUGACACCGAGCAAGGUCACCGCGCGCCAGGCGGAUCGAAGCGUAAAGAGGAGGUGGACGGCAGGGACCAGAGAGUGGACUCCGGGAUCAGGAGUUCCCAGGUGGGCAGGGCCAAGUCCGAGGAGGAGCUGUUCAAGUGCCGCAUGAAGCCGGCGGAGCAAAGCCCGAGGUACAAGACGCCCCCAGUGCUGGCCGAGGAACUCAACAAACGCCAUCCCAAAAGCUGCGCGUGCAAGGCCUGCGCAAAGGCGGCGUACUGGAUCAACAGCCUGGGCUACUCCUGCUUCUCCGUCGGCGACAGCAAACAGCAGCCGUCGCAGACGACAACGGUCCAGGUGAUGGUCAGCGAGAACACGACACCGCGGCAGCUGACCCCCAGCGCUGACCUCGCGCUGGCCACACCCGACAUGCGAGGGGUCGGGGUCGACUCACCCGCGAAGGGGUCAGUGGUGAGCACUGAUCUGGAGUCUGGUGACCACCACGAUCCAUCAGACGACGAAAUUAUGAGUAGCAUUUCAAAGCGGAAGUGAAUCGGAGGCGUCUGAU